UUUCUAUCAGAGUUAUAUGUGUAUGAUGUACUAUGUACAUUUAUAUUGUAUAUGUUUAAAUGAUACCUAACCUUAUAGAAGCUGUCACAUGGAACAAUAUAAGUUUUGCUUAUAUCAAAAGUAAAAGUUAAUCUAAGGAUAUAUACGUUUCGUAAAAUUACUUUGAUAAUUUUACUAAAUUUUAGUAAGAUGAAUAUUACUCAAAUACUUUUGCAAACCGUUACAGAUGCAAAGGUAGGAUUUAUAAUUUCAGCAAUAAUAGGUUAUUCUUUAUAUAAAAUAAUAGCAGUAAUAAAUAGAAAAAAAUUGCAAUCUUCUAAUGAUAAUUGCAAUGAAACUUUAAAUUAUAUGCAAAUGUAUACAGAUAAUUACAAGCUUGUUUUAGUUAUUAGAACUGAUUUAAAAAUGGGAAAAGGAAAAAUUGCAGCACAAUGUGCUCAUGCUGCUGUUGCAGCUUAUAAGGCAGCCACAAAGUAUCCUGAAUUUUUAUAUGCUUGGGAAAAGUGUGGCCAAGCUAAAAUUACUCUUAAGGUGGAUAGCGAGAAUGCUUUGAAAGAAAUAGCAAAACAAGCUAGAACUGUAGGACUUUUGGCAAAUAUAAUACAGGAUGCUGGACACACACAAGUAAAGCCAGGAAGUAAAACAGUAUGUGCUAUUGGUCCAGGUCCAGCUCAAAUGAUAGAUAAUGUAACUGGUCAUUUAAAAUUGUUUUAAUAAUGAACAAAAUAAAGAUUUUUAUUCAUAUGCUAAAAGAUAAUUAAAUACAGCAAUUUCAUAUUUUGUUGAUGAUAUAAGUAUAAAUAUAUGCACAUAAUUUUUAUAAAAUGAUGCAUCCCAUUAAAAAAUGCAUCAAUAUAUUUAUCAAAAAUGAAAAAGUACAAACUUUUAGUUCAAUACUUUAUACAAAUUUAAAUAUGUUAUUAAAUUGAAACAUUACUUCAGUCAUUGGUCGCAUUUUAUAUAUAAUAAUAAAUUUCAUUUAAUAAAUUUAAAUAUAACAUACAUGAACAAUGUUCAUUUUUAUGCUAAUAUAAUACACUUUUGCAUUAAGAAACACGAGUAUAGCAUUAGGUGCCGUUGUAUACAGUAUCUUGUUAAUAUCGAAUUUUAUUAUCAGUAUAAGCAAAUGGCAUUUACUGAUAUUUGUAUUGGAAAAUAUAUUAUGUAAAAAGUGCAUAAUUAGAGUCAUAUUGCAACAAAAUAAGCAAUCACCGUAAAUUAUU